AUCUACUUUCCCGGAUCGUUUUCUGCUGUUACUUCUCAGACAAUGGACUCAGACUUAUUCUGUUCUGCCAUGGAAUUCGUUGCCGGUAGCGGAUCUGUUUUAACCAGUGAACAAAAAGCCGCCAUGCAGACCUCUUUCGUGAUCCUGAAAAAAAACUACAAGUUCGAGCGGGUCCUGUUUUGGGGUAAAAUAUUAGGAAUAAAGGAGGAUUACUUUAUUGUUCAAGGGAGGGGAGAAGAUGAGUUGAAAGACAGAAAGAAUCUGUACAGCUUUAACUGCAUGGACUGGUUCCUGCUCCCUCCAGCCACAGAGUCCAUGAUCAACGAAGUAUCCAAAACUGCAAAAGGCCACUUCACUGGAGACCCCUCGUUUGUGUAUGAACAGGUUGGAUCGGAGUCUACAGAGGCAGUGAGCAAAGUGAAUGAGGAAAAGCGGUUGGCAGUGUCAGUCCACCAGAUCGAUGAAGAAGUGUCUGUGGUCCCUCGUGGCGCCUUCAUAAGAACUCCACAGGGCCUCGUCCACAUCAACUGCAGCUUCAGUGGUCUUUCUGAAUCUGAGGCAAAGAAGCUGGACAAUUUCCUGCACUUCAGUGAACCAAAGAACCUAAAAAAAAAGUCCAUCCUGGAGUUGGCGGGGCGAAACCUGGCGAGGGACUUCCUGGAUGCCCUGAGUGACGACGUCCCUGAAGGGUCGUGGAGUCUUCAGCUUGAAAGUGGCGGCCAGGUGUGUGUGAUCCGCAGCCUGCUGUGGCCCGGGCUGACAUUCUUCCAUGUGCCGAUGACCCUGCAGCACGGACACGUCUACAUCGGCCCCGGCAUCAAGAACCUGAGCUUGCCUUUCCAGCUGUGA